GAGAGUAUAAAUCCUGUCCUGGCGCAGCAGAGCAGAAUGGAUGCUCCGGUUGUGACUCUACAUUUACAGACUUGACGGACGGCUGAUUUUUCACGCUCGACAUGGGAAAAGGUUGUAAAGUUGUGGUGUGUGGCCAGGCUGCAGUAGGAAAAACUGCCAUUCUGGAGCAGCUGCUGUACGGAAAUCACACUGUAGGCUCAGAGUCCAGUGAGACGCAGGAGGAUGUGUAUGUGGCCUCAGUGGAAACUGACCGAGGUGUCAAGGAACAGCUGAGGCUCUAUGACACCAAAGGACUUAAUGAUGGACAAGAUCUCCCCAAGCACUACUACUCAGUGGCAGAUGGCUUUGUUCUCAUUUACAGCAUUGACAGCAUGGAGUCUUUCAAGAGGGUGGACAUUCUAAAGAAGGAAAUUGACAAGUCCAGAGAUAAGAAAGAGGUGACAGUCAUAGUGUUGGGGAAUAAAACCGACCUACGGGAGCGUCGGCAGGUGGACCAGGAUGCAGCACAGCAGUGGGCUCGAGGAGAAAAGGUGAAGCUGUGGGAGGUGAGCGUCACCGAGCGCAACUCUCUCAUCGAACCCUUCACCCAGCUGACCAGCCGCCUCACCCAGCCUCAGAGCAAGUCUGCCUUCCCUCUGCCUGGACGCAAAAACAAAGGCACCACAUCCAACGACAUCUAAAACUCCACUCCAAAUCCACUCCUUCCUGCUCCAGGUAUCCGUAUGCUGCAUUCACCUCAUGUGGGAACAACCAGCGGGACAACAUGGACUGGACUUCAAUUUAACAACAUGGCUUUAGUUGCAUCUCUAUACAUGUGCACAAUUUCCAUACAUGCAUUCACUUAAAUACAUCUAGUGGACUGGUUCAACAUUUUGGCAAACACUUUAGUUUUCUUACUUUGUGUGAGUUAGAUAAUUGAUACCAGCGUGAUGUCCAUGGGUUCAGUACAGACUUGAAAUCAGGAUGUGGUUAGCCUAGCUUAGCAUAAAGACAGGAAGCAGGGGAAAUGGCUAGCCUUGCUCUGUCCAGGCUUUAAAACCCACACAACUAAAGUUGACUAAUUAAUCUGUUAUAUCUAGUUUGUUUAAUGCAUAACAAGUUAUCCAUCCACCCUGCAACCUCACGGACACGAGACUUCAGAAAGCUGCACCUCGCUGUUGUUUAUGUAGAUAUCAGAAAGUUGUGGUUUUAAAGUUAGACAUUGUAAGAAUUUCUUUGCAUUCAGCAGUGUGAUAUAAGUGAUAAUAGCGUGCAGCUUCUUGGGGUCUUGUCAUAUUAUUGAAGAUGCCAGGUUUGAGCGUUGUGACACUAAAACAAUGUAAUCAAACAAUACAAUUUGUGUGUCUAUCACUGAGGUCAGCAGUAAAGGUGGGACUGUACUUGGCUGCAUUAUAUUCCAUUUUUUUGUCUUUUCCUUUUAUAUACACAAGGCAGUUGGAAUACUAGCAGCUCCUCUAAAUAUAAUGCAGCCCCGUACGUUAACAUCACUAUGAACUCAAUGCUAAAAAUAUAAUUUGUCACAAAAAAGUCAGAAAUAAAUAGACUUAUUGGCAGAAUUUGCAGAUUUCAUUAGACUCUACAGGUGUAACUAAUAUAGUGAAUGUAGAACUGCCACUAGUUCUUGCUUAUACUUCCCUGUGUAUAUAUGGGAUAAAGAGACACAGUAGAGGUGUUGGUAACAAACUCAGGACUUUGCUAGUUGUUUCCCCCCCGCUUCCGGACUUUAUGCUAAUAUAGCCUAACAAUGUAGUGCCACAAGAUCUGCACAUAACACAGAAGCAUGAGAUCAUUAUGUUAAUCUUCUCAUCUCACUCUGGGACAGAAUUUUAAAUUUUAAAAAAAUGCAGAACAGAAUGAAAUGAGGAUGCAUGUAUACAUUAACUUUUAUUCACAACACAGUGUCUGCGACAAAUCAGAAAUCCAAAUCUCUCCAGUCACGUGAAAGGAUGUUUGUGUGCGUGAUUAUUUUGCAUGGAAAGAACUGUCUGUAAAAAUGUAGCAGAGGCAAGCAAUGUAGCACCAAAGAUCUGAGAUAACCUGAACACACAUCUUGUUGAUUUAAAGUUCUGUGUCAUUCCAAGUAGGAAGAUAGGUUAAGCCUGUCUUUUGUUAAUAUAGUGCUGUCAUGCCUAGAUUUACAUUUCAAGAUUUAUUGGUUGUGGUCAGAUUUCAGAAAUCUAAAGCUUAAAUCUGCACUGUUAUUUCCCAUCCGAUGUAAACGCAGCAAUCGUUUGUCCUCUAGCAGGACUCAGCUAGCCUUUGUCCAGUCCGUCUCAUAUAUCAAGUAUGGCCUGGCAGCAAUAAUAUUCAUGGUUAUGCCUUUACUUGUGAUGUAUGAUUUCAUAAUGUCUGUGUGGCGUUAGUUACACUCCUGUGUCUUGUCCAGCCUGUAUAAUUCAGUAGGACUGCUAGUUAAAGCUGUGUUUGUGUCAGCCUUCCUAACAGUAGAAAUGUGUUGAGAGGAAAUAUUUAUUUUUUAACUAAUUUAUUUUUGUCACUUUAAUGAGCCACAUUCCUUGACUUGUGAAAAUGGUGACAGGGUGUAGGAUGAUCUGCGCUGUUUUCUGUGUCGUUAAUGUUUCAAGAGUAAUAAUCUUAAAUGUGCUGCUAGUAGAACAGAGGUAGUGAGAUAAUUACGCUACCCCUAAAUUAUUCUCUGCUCUGUAACCGUCUUAAGAUGCACUGAAUAAAAUGUAGCCUCUUCGUAUUAAA